CUCUGCGUUGUUUGGAGGGAGGCUAACGGUCUUAGUUGGGCAAUUCAAGCAAGGAAUGGGGCUCGCUUAUCCAAGUCCUCACAAGGAUGAAACUUUGUUCGGGAGGAUUCGACUCGGUUUUUCCCUGUUGCCCCAAAAAUUAAUUUAGGGAUCGCCGAACUACAGAAAUGAGCUUGUACCCUGUGCGUGAAAUGGUACGUUCCGGAAAUAUUAGCGAUACCUCGUGGAAGUGAUAAGCUUGAUUCCGGAAGCACUAUAAUUGGGCGCCAAGUUUGAGUUCAUAGCCGCAAAAUCUCCUGGUUACUGCACUGUGAUAGUUGCUCGGGACCUUGCACACUUUCCAGUUCUAGUCUGAGGAGAGCGGCGGCGAUUCGACCGGGCCAGAGGCCGCAGAAGCAGACGUGGACAUGUCUGAAGCAGAGGAUGUGCAUUGGAAGAUCCGGGAUGAUGAUUGUUCCAUUCUUACUGUGGACUCAAGCAGUGAUGAAGAACUUGAUUACUUUGUGUCUGGACCGAACGUGCAGAAAGGGAACAUCAGCUACAUGGUGAUCGACUCAGACUCUGAUGAUGGAUACCUCUGUAAGCAAAAGAGAGCUAAGAUAGCUGAAAUGCAUAUCAAAGAUGAGAUUGUGGAAGUGUCUGAUACCGAUGAGCAGCCGCCCCAGGACUCUCCAAUACUUAUCAGUGAUGAUGAUGAUGAUGAUGAUCGUAAUGACUUGGAGGGCCCUGUGCUAAUAGAAGAUGAUUCGUGUGAUGAGGACCAAACUCCCUCAAAUGAGAAAGAGAGGGAUGAGUUUGUUAUCUCCCAAAACAAAUCAUCUCAUGAUGUUGGUAAGCAGGAUCUUGGGGAAAAUGUCUGCCAGCCACCAAAUGACGAUCCUAAGGCUGAACUAGAGAUUUCAAAAGGAAAGUUGUCAAGUGAUGAAGAGCCUGUACUUGUGGUGGCACAACCAAGGAAAAGGAAAAAUAAAACCAAAAACAUAUCUGUGACACCUGUUGUUAAAAGAGAAAAGGAGCAUGGGCCUUCAAAGAAGAAUCCCAGCGCAGCAAAAUUUGAACAAUGCAAGCCUGGGAAUUCUCAGUGCAAAAUACCUGGAUGUUUCUUGCGUGGCAUUGAGAACUCAAAGCAGUAUUCUGGAAAGAAUUUCAAGCAAAAUAAGGAUGAACUGGUUCAGAAAAUCUACGCUUUGUGUAACAGCUCUGUCUUUGAUAAAAAGCUGCCGGAGAAAAUUGACAUCAGCUGGAAUAAAAAGAUGCUGAGAACUGCUGGUUUAUGCACCACUGGCGAGACUCGACGCCCGAAGAGGGAGCGUUAUGCUAAGAUUCAGAUUUCUCAGAAAGUCUGUGAUUCUGCAGACCGACUCCGGGAUACUUUGAUCCAUGAGAUAUGCCACGCAGCCUCCUGGCUGCUCGAUGGCAUCCGUGAUUCUCAUGGUGUCGGAUGGAAGUAUUAUGCCCAAAAAUCGAAUAUGGUGCACCCAGAGCUGCCCAAGGUCACCCGUUGCCAUAACUACAAGAUUAACUACAGGAUUCAUUAUGAGUGUACUAAGUGCAAAUUCAGGGUCGGCCGCUACACCAGAUCAUUGGACACCGACCGCUUCAUCUGUGCCAAGUGCAAGGGCCCUCUGGUCAUUCUGCCAUUAACUCGGAAAGAUGGAACCCCCAUUGAGCCCCAUGUGAGACCAUUUGCCAAGGUUCUGUUGCUAACCAUUUUGUGCUGAUACCCAAAAGCACUUUGGAUCUACCUUGGGUCUUACUUAGAUGCUGUAGUUUUAACAUGUAGAACAAAAUGCGAAAGAGAAAUGAGUUCUGGAGAGUGGCACGUUGAGAGAAUGAGAGGCAUGCUGACAAGAGAACAAGUUUUAAAGACAGUACUUCAAAACCAGGGCUGCUGUCAGAUGUAACCUGUUACACCUAUCUGGAAGUGAAAUACAGACAUGUUUCAUGAACUUAGUUGCUCUUGACAUUGUAUGAAGCCACCUGAACAAUGUAACUGUUCAUAAAAUAAAAAUAA